AUGGCUACUCGCAAAAAGGUGCUGUUGAAAGUGAUCAUUCUCGGCGACAGCGGGGUCGGUAAAACGUCGCUGAUGAAUCAGUACGUGAACAAGAAGUUCAGCAGUCAGUACAAAGCCACGAUCGGAGCCGAUUUUCUCACUAAGGAAGUGAUGAUCGACGACCGUCUGGUGACGAUGCAG